UCCAUGGUGUUUAACGAAGCUAAGCAUGAUACGCUGAAGACGUGCGAUCCAAUUCAGAUUGCGGCUUCUCUUGAGUCUGCACUUUUUGUCAAAUGGGGAGUUUCUAAUACUAGAAGUCGCACCAAGUAUCGUUCCCUCUUGUUUAACAUUAAAGAUCCCAAGAACCCUGAUUUUCGGAGGAAGAUACUUGUUGGAGAAAUCAAGGCAGAGGAAGUAGCAGAGAUGGAUGCAGGACAGAUGGCGAGCGAUGAGAUGCAGCGUAAGAAUCAAGGGAUCCAAGCAAAAUCUUUAUGGAAAUGCAUUGUCGGACGCGAGCAGGAAGGCACAACGGAUCAGUUUAAAUGCGGGAAAUGCGGAGAAAAAAGGACCACCUACUAUCAAAUGCAAACCAGGAGCGCUGAUGAGCCUAUGACAACUUAUGUUACCUGCACAAUUUGCGAUAAUCACUGGAAGUUUUGUUAGGAAGGAGCAGUAUCUAUUCUUUAAAUGUAUUUUAUGAAUUAUACUAACUUUGUUCAAGUACUCUGAGAUUAGUAUAAACAAUAUUGAAUGGAUGCCAUUUUAAAAA